CCUGUGCAUUUUAGACGGCAAGUCUUACUCCUGCCCUGAGAUCUUCCAGCCACUUUUCACCUUCCUAUAACUCACUGCAGGAGAGCAAGCCCCGGAGUUCACUAUUUCCAGAAAUUGUAUACUGAAGUGUAAUGCUACAUGAGUCAGAGAAAGGAAGGACCCUGAGCCAUAUGGCCUGAUUGUUGGCAAUGACACUGUUAAGAGGCUGGCAUUUAUUUCUGUUCUAACCAGCUACUUUAUAACUGUGAAUAGUAACUAUGCAUAUGUGUUGGUCAGCAAAACCAAGGAACGAGAACUAUGGCAGUUGACAAAGUCAGUCUGAUUCCUGGGUAUCUUUCCUGGGUUCCACCAUCAGGGACCUCUUCCCUUCCAUCUCAUCAACAAUGUGGUACCUUUUACUAUUUGAUAAAGAUUAAGGACAUGUUCUUUGGUCAACAGCCAGAACUUAAAAUCUGCUGGAGUAGGGUCAGAGACCAUUUCAAUCACAGCUGAGGAAAAUGAAAUUUCCGUUUUAUUUGGUGCCUUGUCCAGGGAGCACACUAACUCUUUCGGAAACACGUGAGUGAGAAGAGGUUGAGUCUUGUCUGAUAGCAACUCAUGGUUAUGGCGAGUGACCCAACGUGAUCAGCAGGGGCAGGAGCCACAGAGGAACUCAUGACGGGCUAUACCAUGUUGCGGAAUGGGGGCGUGGGGAACGGAGGUCAGACCUGCAUGCUGCGGUGGUCCAACCGCAUUCGGCUCACGUGGCUCAGCUUCACGCUCUUCAUCAUUCUAGUGUUCUUCCCCCUCAUCGCCCACUAUUAUCUCACCACCCUGGACGAAGCGGAUGAGGCAGGCAAGCGGAUCUUUGGCCCACGGGCUGGUAAUGAGCUCUGCGAGGUGAAGCACGUGCUGGAUCUCUGCCGCAUUCGAGAGUCUGUAAGUGAAGAGCUCUUGCAGCUGGAAGCCAAGCGGCAGGAGCUGAACAGUGAAAUCGCCAAGCUGAAUCUGAAGAUCGAGGCCUGUAAGAAGAGCAUUGAGAAUGCCAAGCAGGACCUGCUUCAGCUCAAGAACGUCAUCAGCCAGACCGAGCACUCUUACAAAGAACUGAUGGCCCAAAAUCAGCCCAAACUCUCUCUGCCCAUCCGACUCCUCCCAGAGAAGGACGAUAUUGGCCUCCCUCCCCCAAAGGUCCUACGGAGCUGCCGGCUGCACAACUGUUUUGAUUAUUCUCGUUGCCCUCUCACCUCUGGUUUCCCAGUCUAUGUUUAUGACAGUGACCAGUUUGCCUUUGGCAGCUACCUGGAUCCCUUGGUCAAGCAGGCUUUUCAGGCCACAGCACGAGGCAACGUUUAUGUUACAGAAAAUGCAGAUAUUGCCUGCCUUUAUGUGAUCUUAGUGGGGGAAAUGCAGGAGCUGGGAGUGCUGCGGCCUGCUGACCUGGAGAAGCAGCUGUACUCCCUACCACACUGGCGGACAGACGGACACAACCACGUUAUCAUCAAUCUGUCUCGGAAGUCGGACACCCAGAAUUUACUGUACAAUGUCAGUACAGGCCGGGCCAUGGUGGCCCAGUCCACUUUCUAUGCUGCCCAGUACCGGCCUGGCUUUGACUUGGUGGUAUCGCCACUAGUCCACGCCAUGUCAGAGCCCAACUUCAUGGAAAUCCCACCACAGGUGCCAGUGAAGCGGAAAUAUCUCUUCACCUUCCAGGGUGAGAAGAUUGAGUCGCUGAGAUCCAGCCUUCAGGAGGCCCGCUCCUUUGAGGAGGAGAUGGAGGGUGACCCUCCAGCCGACUACGAUGAUCGUAUCAUUGCCACCCUCAAGGCAGUACAGGACAGCAAACUAGAUCAGGUCCUGGUAGAAUUUACCUGCAAAAACCAGCCUAAACCCAGUCUGCCUACUGAGUGGGCGCUAUGUGGGGAGCGGGAAGACCGCUUAGAAUUACUGAAGCUCUCCACCUUCGCCCUCAUUAUCACUCCCGGGGACCCUCGCUUGGUUAUUUCCUCUGGGUGCGCCACACGGCUCUUUGAAGCCCUGGAGGUUGGUGCUGUCCCGGUUGUGCUGGGGGAGCACGUGCAGCUUCCUUACCAGGAUGUGCUGCAGUGGAGCGAGGCCGCCCUGGUGGUGCCCAAGCCGCGAGUGACCGAGGUCCACUUCCUACUACGGAGCCUCUCCGACAGCGACCUCCUGGCCAUGAGGCGGCAAGGCCGCUUCCUCUGGGAGACUUACUUCUCCACCGCGGACAGUAUUUUCAGUACCGUGCUGGCUGUGAUUAGGACUCGCAUCCAGAUCCCGGCUGCUCCCAUCCGGGAAGAGGCGGCGGCCGAGAUCCCCCAUCGCUCAGGCAAGGCAGCCGGCACCGACCCCAACAUGGCCGACAACGGGGACUUGGACCUGGGGCCCGUGGAGACGGAGCCGCCCUACGCCUCCCCCAAGUACCUCCGCAACUUCACCUUGACCGUCACGGACUUCUAUCGCAGCUGGAACUCUGCGCCAGGACCUUUCCAUCUUUUCCCCCACACACCGUUUGACCCUGUGCUGCCCUCAGAGGCCAAAUUCUUGGGCUCCGGGACUGGCUUUCGGCCUAUUGGUGGCGGGGCCGGGGGCUCCGGCAAGGAGUUCCAGGCCUCGCUGGGCGGCAACGUCCCACGGGAGCAGUUCACAGUGGUGAUGCUGACCUACGAGCGGGAGGAGGUGCUCAUGAGCUCGCUCGAGAGGCUGAAUGGCCUCCCUUACCUGAACAAGGUCGUGGUGGUGUGGAAUUCUCCCAAGCUGCCCUCAGAGGACCUUCUGUGGCCUGACAUUGGCGUCCCCAUCAUGGUGGUCCGUACUGAGAAGAACAGUUUGAACAAUCGAUUCCUGCCCUGGAAUGAAAUCGAGACAGAGGCCAUCCUGUCUAUUGAUGAUGACGCUCACCUCCGCCACGAUGAAAUCAUGUUUGGGUUUCGGGUGUGGAGAGAAGCACGGGACCGCAUUGUGGGUUUCCCUGGCCGUUACCAUGCGUGGGACAUCCCUCAUCAGUCCUGGCUCUACAACUCCAACUACUCCUGUGAGCUGUCCAUGGUGCUGACAGGUGCUGCCUUCUUCCACAAGUAUUAUGCCUACCUGUAUUCUUACGUGAUGCCCCAGGCCAUCCGAGAUAUGGUGGACGAAUACAUCAACUGUGAGGACAUCGCCAUGAACUUCCUCGUCUCCCACAUCACUCGGAAACCCCCCAUCAAGGUGACGUCACGGUGGACUUUCCGAUGCCCAGGAUGCCCUCAGGCUCUGUCACACGACGAUUCCCACUUUCACGAGCGGCACAAGUGUAUCAACUUCUUUGUCAAGGUGUACGGCUACAUGCCCCUGCUGUACACGCAGUUCCGCGUGGACUCUGUGCUCUUCAAGACCCGCCUGCCCCACGACAAGACCAAGUGCUUCAAGUUCAUCUAGGGGCGUUGCGCACAUGGGAGAGCGUGAGCGGAGUGAGGGGGGUGCUCCUGAGGUCCCUAGACAUGGAGGGCCUCAGGGAUGCCCACCGGCUGGGUGGCCCAGGCGCUUUGCUGGGAGAGCCAGCAGGGAGCGUGGGAGGGACAGAGCUGCUCUGCUCGUGAAAUCGGCCACCCUGGCCGGAGCCCUGGUCCCAGGACACCAGGGCUCCCUACGCGGGGCACUGGUGAUAGCUUACACUGAGGGCCACAGGGACUCUGGAGAGUCACUCACGCAGUUCAUACACCCACGGCAGCUGGUUUGUGGUUUUUAAUUCACUAAUAACUACUCUUAUUAUUUAAAAAGAAAGUUUCAGAUUUUCCAUUCGAGGCUUAUUUAUAUACGUGUGUAUGUAUAUACACAUAUGUGUGUGUAUAUACAUGUGCGUGUAUAUGUAUACACACACACACUCACAUACAUAUACAUAUAUAUUUUUUUUUGAGGGGGAGUUUGGCAUUUCUGCCCAUCUCACAAAGUGAGGGACGCACCACGGUGGUCUGUAUUUUGGUGGAGAUGCAUCCUGGCCUUCUGGUAUCUGGCUCAUCUUUACAGAUCGUCUCCGUCCUCCCCAGGGGCAUCUAUCUGUGUGCAGAAACAAGAAAGGGCCGGGCGUGGCCCUGUUACAGGGCCUGGCCCAAGAUAAGACCUGUUGCCCACCAGGGCUCUGUAGCUCAAGGUGUGGGCAUCUGCACCUUUGGGGGCAGUGGAGCCUCCCUGCGCAGGACUUGGUGGGUUUGAGGACUCCCUGCUGGGUCGUGUUGUCUGAGUACUCGGCCCAGCUCUCUCCCUACCCCCUGUUUGAGAGAGAAGACUAAGGAAGGACCGAGACCUGCAGACACACCCCCAAAUGGCUCUUUUUGUUCGGCCCUCCUUUGAAAGACACGUUGUGCUUUGGCUACAGGCCUUCCUGCAGGUCCUCACGUACGAGCACAGAAGCCUGGUGGGCUGCACUUCAGGUGUGGUCUGAGUGGUUGCAGCUUGGCCUACUCUCUCUGCCACAGAGCAAGCGAGUAUCCUUUGAGCCCCACCCGGCUGGCCGGGGAGUCACAGCAAGGCACCUGCCUUGGGAUAAUACCUCGGUGAAAUUCACCUUCCCCGACCCCUGUCUGGACCCACAUCCUAUAGUUAUUGGAUCCCUCACGCCGGGUUGGUUCUGGGACCCCCUGAGGUUUGGUAUGUGUCAGAAUGGUGGGAGGAUAGGAUUUGUUAGGUUAAGCUCAAAUCCAGCCUGAAAUUUAAUAGGUAUUCACACCCCACAUUACCACGUUCCACUCUGGGUUUAAAUUUCUAUUUCCUGGGCUGAAAUAGAAAUAAGCUAAUUUUUUUUUUUUUUGGUGGUGGCAGCAGUAGGGGAACCAAAGAGGGCGUUAGUGGCUGUUGGCAGGGAUUUAGCCCGUGGCCUCUACCGUAUUUCUGGUCCCCACUUUCCUCCAGUGAAGUCGAAUCUAGGAGGUUCCCCACAACUGACUGAACAAAGGCUCAGCUUUGUCCUGGGCACGUACAUGCCUUAAGCCAGCUCCGUC